AGUCCAAACAUAUACUUUCAUUACUCUUAUGGAAACUAACGUCGGUGUUUUGUCAAACUUGGGGUUGUUAAGUGGGCAGUCAGUUGGUCUAUACACUGUGCAUCUCUUUCAGCUUGUCUCUCUUUUGAGGAAGAACAGUGUGAGUUUCAAACAAACAACGCCGAAAUAUUAAAAUUUUCCUUGUCAUUUUGAAUAAUUUUGAGAAGUGAGGAGAAAAAAUAAUAAUGUAUUUGAAGAGUAGAGGAGAAUUUGUCGCGAAGAAUGUUGUGUCAAGGAAAUUGGCUCUUUUUCUCUGUGUUUGCUGCUUCAGCGCUGGGAUGUUUUUCACUAAUAGGGUUCAGAUUAUGCCCGAAGUUAAAGGCAUUGCACGAACAUCUAAACUUGAAGAUGAAGGGAUACAGUCGAAGGGUUGUUAUACUGAUCUUGUUGUAAAACAUAAUUCCAACAACAGUGUAGGGGGUAGUUCGACAGUCCAGGAUGCUAUUAAGGAACAGUAUAUAAAAAUUUCAGAAUUAGAGAGGAAAUUAGGUGCUGCUAGAGCUGAGCAUGAGUCUAUGUUGCACAGUCCUCCAGUAAAAGGAAAAAUCAAGUCACCUUCAAAAAGAAAGUACUUUAUGGUGAUUGGAAUAAAUACAGCUUUUAGUAGCCGAAAACGAAGAGACUCAGUUCGUGAAACUUGGAUGCCACAAGGUGAAAAACGAAAAAGGCUGGAGGAAGAGAAAGGCAUCAUUAUACGAUUUGUUAUAGGUCACAGUGCAACAUCAGGUGGUAUUCUUGAUAAAGCUAUUGAAGCAGAGGAAAUUAUGCACGGAGACUUCUUGACGCUGGACCAUACUGAGGGCUACCUGGAAUUGUCCGCCAAGACUAAGACUUACUUCUCCACUGCCGUUGCCACAUGGCAUGCAGAAUUUUAUGUCAAAGUUGAUGAUGAUGUUCAUGUAAAUCUAGCAACACUUGGAACAACCUUAGCUGGUCAUCGUAUGACACAUCGUCUUUACAUUGGUUGCAUGAAGUCUGGUCCUGUCCUUGCUAGAAAGGGAGUGAAAUACUAUGAACCAGAGUACUGGAAAUUUGGUGAGGUUGGAAAUAAAUACUUCCGACAUGCUACAGGACAAUUAUAUGCUAUAUCAAGAGAUUUAGCUAUGUACAUAUUAGUGAAUCGGCAUGUCCUACACAAAUACACCAAUGAAGAUGUUUCGUUGGGGUCUUGGUUGAUUGGUUUAGAUGUGGAGCACGUGGAUGAUCGAAGAUUGUGCUGUGGUACCCCGCCUGAUUGUGAGUGGAAGGCUCAGAUGGGCAAAACCUGUGUUGCCUCAUUUGAUUGGAGAUGCAGUGGGAUUUGCAAGUCUGUUGAGAGGAUCAAAGAAGUUCAUGAGCUCUGUGGUGAGGGUGAGGAUGCGCUAUGGCGUUCAAGUUUCUGAGAUAUUGCCUGCUGCUCUUCCAAACUCAGGAAUGGCAUACUUAUGAAUGCUGACACAUGCAUAUAUAAGUUUGUGGGUAUGGAAAAUGUAUAUGUACUACCAGAAUACAGAACUAGGACCAGAGAAGACAUAGGCUACACUAUCGAGUCCUCCAUUUUCAUGCGUAGAGGAAACAAACAUCUGGGCGGCCCUGUAACCAUCAAUUCUUUAUAUGGCUGGAGAACUGUAUUACAAGUUCUGUACCAUAACUGAGAACAAUAAUAGUACUAGUUAUUGUAAGGCUGUCUACCUCUUGCUUCAUAUAAUUAAAUAUAUUCUGCAAUAUAUUUCAUUAGUUUGAUCUCUAGUCUCU